CGAAUUCAAUCUGGUCACCCUUAUGAAGCUCGUCGGUAAUGCAACAAAAGCUCGUCGGUAAUGCAGAAGUGCCCAGUGCCUUUUGCUCACAAUCAACGGAUAUUGGUCAAACGUCGGUCGUUUUUUUUUGCAAAACUAAAGUUGGAAAUUUGAAAAAAAUUAACGAAAUUUUGGUCUGGGAGAAUGUUUCCAAAAGCACUUGUUGCCAACGUAAAACGUUAAAAUUUAUGGCCAAAGCAGGGAUGCCAGGUGCACAGAUUAAUCUGUGUUUCACAGAUUUUCAUUAUGCUGCACAGAUUAUUUUCUGUUUUAAUUUCACAGAUUUUCAAUAUGCUGCACAGAUUUCUGUUAUAAUGCACAGAUUUGAGCAGAUUUAUCAAUUUUUGCCUCGCACAAAAACUAAUAAAUAGGUCGCCACUUCUUGUUUUGGGACAAACUUGUACGUUUUUAUUCUUAAUACAGAUUUGUACAGGCUGUGCACAGAUUUCACAAAAUAUGACCUGGCAUCUCUGCGUUAAAGUCCAAAAUAGCGCUCGGAGUCUCUGUUCGAGGACGAAAAUUUAUUCUCGCGUUCGAACGGUCAAUACGUUUUUUUUUCGAAAACAUUGAACAAAUUUUGUUUCUUCGCUUUACAAUCGUUUUUUCCGUUGUAUUUAUUAAAAAUGACUACCGAUGAUUAUACAAUCGACGAUUUAGCAUACUUUAUGAUUUGUUUUAACUGUACAAGAUGCUCGCCGUUCCUCGUAUAUGUUGGCUCUAACGAUAGAAUCGAAAAGUAUCGUCCCUUAAACUCGGGCAUUCAUCUAUAUUGUACGGACUGUUCUCCGGACCCAGAUCACUAUGCAAAAAUAUUUCCGGGUGAAGAAAAAUUAUUCGAGGAGAAUAGUAUACUGAACGACAAGGAGCUAUUGAGAACGCUCAGUAGCUUCAAAUAUUAUAGUCCAUUCCAUGCGCAAUUGUCUCCGCAAGACCGAAUCAUCAUUACCGAACAAACUAAAUUGCUGCGCUCUUAUUCCGAGGUUGUAAACAAACCCUCACCCAGCAUUAAAAAGCUAGAAAAACUGAUGAAGCUGUUUCCAACUGUAAAUCGAAUGCGUAAUAUCAAGUUUGCCAGUGGAUUGGAUAUGUGUGAGGCCGUAAAGCGACGAUAUUCAGAGAUAUGUCAAAGCUACAUGGCUCUCUCUGAGCCGCAGAAUUAUAAUCCGUGCGAUAUGACUAUCACAGCGGUAAGAGAGCAGGCUCCCCGCAUCGAGCGGCAAGAUCAAAUUAUUCAGCAUACUCCGCCAGUCCUUUCGUCAAUAGUAGAGGAAUCUUCACACUCGGCGGAAAAACCUUCGUCUUCUGAUAUAAGUAUCUCGACGGAUUGCUCUGAUGGAACGAAUGCUUUUCAUUUGGUUAACGCCGAUGUUCAUCGCGCUCAAGAUAGCUCAUCCCAAGAGAGCAAUGGACUUGUGCAAAUAUCAGCGUUGUCAUCAGAUUCUUCACACGAGGAAGGAGCGUUAGGAAUGUACAUAAAGCACGAAAGCGAGUUUUUGGAUGCAGCUUCUGCACAAAACUCCUCUACUCAACCGGAAUUUUCUUCGCGUAGUGUUGUUACCGUUCCUGGAGAGAACGUAAGUUCUCAAAGUGUAUUGAUUUCUCAGCCUAUGCUUGCCAUUGAUGAUAACGUAGAAAUGAGCGAUGCUGGUUCGUCAAAUCUGGACUAUCAACAACCGAGCACCAGUGGCACUAGUGAUGUACCAUUCAAAAAACCCCGCUUCAUCUUACCAACCAAUCCGGAUCCCAUGACAUACCGCAAAACUAAUCCAUCAUGUCGUUUCCCUCGCUUGAAGGGUGGAUAGAAGAAUAAUUUGACGUCUACAUUUAUGGAAUUCCUUGUUUAAUAUACUUUGUUGAAUAUAAUUUGAACUAAUCUCAAA